UACACAUCGAGUAUUUGUGUUACCUAACUUAGCACACUGUCAUCCGCGCGGAGUUUAAAAUCAAACGUAAAAUUCAAAAUGGUGUAUGUUAUCUGAGCGCACAAUUGGCUUUAUUGUUUUCCUUUUAUUUGUUUUGUGAGUUAAUACAAGCAAUUUGAAAAGUUUAAGUGACUGUUAAUUAAAAGUGCUCUAACGCUUAACGUGGAAAAUGCUGGAAACUAAAAGCAUUGCAGCAUUGGCAUUUAAUGAAACGCCGCGCAAGCGCAAAAGAGAAACUGGUCCUGUGGCUGUGCCACCCUUAAUUAACGAAAAGGUUGCAGCUGCCGCUGCACCUAAUGCGUCAUGCUUCACCAACGCUGCCUUCAGCUCGACGCCAAAGAAACUGAUCGCUCGGCGUCGUGGUCAAAAGGAAAAUGCCAGCAUAAAUCCGUUCUGUGGUCAUCCUGGUCUAGAAAUAAAGUCAAUUGCGGAUUUGGCAACAGCCAAAAAACCAGAGGCCCCAUCGCUGAAUCCCUUUGAAGUGGUACGUCAGCCUUCGAAGAAGAAAAAACACGAGCUGGCUUGCUUUGAGAAUCCUGGACUCAAUCUGGAACUGCCAGAGCGGCAGUUUAAUCCCUUUGAGGUGGUACGCAGCGUGGCCACGCCCUCCCAGUGUUUUGUCAACGAGGCGUUGAAUAUAAAAGCCAGAGAUGCACCAGCCUCGCUGAAUCCUUUUGAGAUUCGUCGUCCCAGCGAUGUAUCAGUAGCGGCUUACAAUCCCGAUGGUGUGGACAAUCCAGCGCUGGCCGAAGAGCCCUUUCCUACAAACCUGAAGAUUGGACUUCCGUUUGCACCUACAGUGGGCUGUCGCAUCGACUUUCAUGGCAUGUCGCUGGCUCAGUUGACGCCCAGCAAGCUGUUGGCCGACAAGCUGGUCUUCUCGCCAGUGCCGCCAGUGCCAGCAAAGCGCUCGCUGGGCGCCAUCAGCGAGGAGAGCAGCAUGGAUAUAGGCAAAGAAUUAGAUCGCUAUCAGCUGGAGCUGGAAAAUAGCAUUAAUGAAGCAAAACUUCGGAAGAAUGGCGUUGUGCUGGAACGCACGGAUACAGAGGUGAAGCUGGUGGUAGAGCAGCAGCAGCAACAGCAGCAGGAUCAGGAGCAGACGGAGAAGCGUAUUGUGUGCACCAUGCGUCGACGCACGCUGACCGAGAUCAAAGAAAUAGCUGAUGAGCUACCACAUGAGCAAGAGCAGGAAGCAGAGCAACCGUCAACGCAAGAACUGGCGCUGGCUGAGCUGGAGGAGGGUGGCGAUGUGGCUUACGCUUCGGAGUCCGAGGAAGAGGAGGAGCCUGCUCGCGAGCUUGAUUUCAAGGCACCCACGCGCUUUGUGCGUGCUUAUCGUCCAGCAGCAAGCAGCGGCGGCGGCGGUGGUGCUUCGGUCAAUGCCAUAGCAGGUAGCAAGGAAUCAUUGCAGUCCAUAGCCUCCAGCAAGUCGUCCAAGUCCACAGAGGGCAGAGCUAGCCAGAGCGUAAAGCAAAUAAUACGUAAGUCCAUACGUCGCUUAAUUCAUCCCAAGCAGCAGCAGCCAGAGCCUGAGCCAGAGGAGGAGCAGCAGCAGCAUCAUCAUCACAAUAUUAUUAGCAGCAUACGGCAUAGUCUGCGCAGGCGCCCGCAUAAGCCACAGUCCGAGCAAGAAUACGCCGUGGCGGAUGUAUCCAUAGUGGACAGCAGCGAGCGCACAUUGAAGCUGCGCUCCAACAUUCCACAAACGGAGUACAUGCGCAUAGAGCAGCUGACCAACGAGAAGAAGCAUACACUGCGCAAUAGCAUACGCCGUAGUACGCGCGACGUACUGCGUCAUGUGUUCCACAAGAGCCAGGAUGCCUACACGACAGCCAAGUGAGGCUCAACAGCAAAUAUUUAACAAUAACUUAAGCUUAGUUUCCACCCCAAAGAUUGUCUACAAAACAAACGAAGUUCGAACAGCUUUUGCUGCUCAU